CAGCUGGUCUCACCGGUGUUUGUUUAUGUGUGUGAGUGACGUCUGGGAUCGCGCGAUUUUCAGUGCAAUCUGCUGAGUUUGUCUGUCUUUGUCACCCUAACAGCCUCAUUACUAGUUAAGAGAAACAAUGGAAGAUAUUCAACUUGUCCCAAAAGUACAAAUGCCACUAUUGCGACUGCCAACUCUGUCAAGUCUGGCUGUUCCUUCUGUUGUAUCAGGCUACAUAAAAAACCUUUCAAGACCUCAAAAGAUUGUUAUUAUAAGCGUAGGAACUGGUUUAGCAUUGAUAGGACUCGUUGCUCGAUACCUGCGUCGUCGCCGCCGACGUGCACCAAGGAAAUCUGCACUGACAAAGCAUGAUGACUCUGGUCGAAGCACUCGCAAAGUAAAGCCCAUCACAAUACGUAGCCCUUCGGGUGAAAUUCAUAGUAUUGGUGGUAAUAUAUCACCUGGAUUCCAUCGUUCUGUUCAUCGUCAAAGCUUCACCUCGGCCAGCAGUGAUCGGACGAGUGUAGCCUCUGUGCUGACCACACAGGCUGGUGAUGCUGGCACUCUGACACCUCAGCAGUACGGAGUUAUGGGUAUGGAGGCACUGGAGAGGGCAUUGGGGUACUGGGAAGAUGCCCUGGCGGCCUACACCUCAGGAGUGACUGGUGGGGUGGCUCUCACCUCACAGGAAGAGGCUGAGUUCACCGCCCUUCUCCAGAGAGUCAUCGACGACGCCUACAGCCUCCAGGACCAGUGCGAACACCUAUUCCUCCACCAGCAUUCUGUGUUGUUCCGCUCUACCAGUGUGACCCCUGUGGCUUCAGAAGCGGCAUGUGACUCUUACGAGCGUAGGACCCUCACUUCAGCCUCCUCCUACGAAUCCUUUGUCUCUGCUUCAGGUGACAUCGCAGAUCUGCGGGACCUGGAGGAGUUUGAUGAAGCCCUAUACCCUCUAUACAUGGCGGCGCUGAAACAACACGAGGAAGGUGGCAUACCUUACAGAGACGUGCGCACAGACCGAGUGAGGUGUGGGAGCGAUGUGGAAUAUAUAUGCAAGAUUCAUUGUAUCCGCCUAGCUUGCCAGCUGCUAUUUUCAAAAGAUGAAACAAAGCAGUACUUUGCUGAUACUGGCCGACAGAUAAUUGCUGACCUUCUUAUACGAGCAGAUAAGGACCCAAAGGAUGUUGUGCAAGCAUAUGAAGACAUGCUCGAGUUCCUCACCAGCUGUGAUUGGGCAGUAGUGGAGGCGGAGCUUCAGGCGAGAGGCGUUAAGGCACUGACGUUUUAUGAUGUCGUUCUGGAUUUCAUCUUAAUGGAUGCUUUUGAGGACCUGGAGAAUCCACCUUCUUCUGUAACUGCUGUAGUACAAAACAGAUGGCUCUCGAAUGGAUUCAAAGAAUCUGCACUAUCUACUGCUGUAUGGAGUGUACUAAGAGCCAAGCGACGCAUGCUGAAGUACCAAGAUGGCUUCAUUUCGCAUUUUUACGAUGUUUCCGAACACCUCUCUCCAGUUCUUGCCUGGGGAUUUAUGGGACCAGACGAAAAUGUCAAGGAACUCUGCUUAUUUUUUAAGGAACAGAUUGUUGGGUUGCUCCAGGAUAUAUUCAGCUUCACCAGUGUGCGUUACACAACUGUAGAGGAGUUGGCAGUUGAUAUUAUGACUUUAACAACACAACGUUUUGAUAUUAUUUGCAAAAGAUUAGCUUCAUAAAGAUUAUGUCUUAGGAUAUCAAAAUUUAAUUUUCAAAGAAUUAUUAGUGUUUGUGCAUUUAUAUCUAUAAUCGUGAAUAUAAAUGGCAUACUGUAGUCAGAAAUGUAGGUGUAACUUAUUUUUAAUUCUUCAGUGUUGUCUUAUUUUUAUUGUAAUAAUAAUGAUAAUAUGAUGAUGAUGAUGUUUUUUCACAUAUUUGUACAUUUUUAUUUUUAAAUAUUUAUACAGGUGUCCCUUGCUUUGUUGUAGGUGAAUUCCAGGCCCAUGAAGAUAAAAAGAUACAGAUUAAGAAUUUAUUUCUUUGCAAGGUUACAAUGUGUAUAUACAGUUUUGAUUUGUUAAGUAGUACGAAGAAAGCCACUAUCAUUCCGGGGCACUUCAGGCAGACUUAUCCUAGUACAUAAUAACUACUUGAGUCUAGACAAAAUAAGAGUGGUUAACUUUUUAAUAAAUCUACUAAUGUGAGGUAGUUAAGGUAGAGGUUUAUAAGAAUAAUAAUCUUGAAGUUACACAAUAAAAACAGUAUUACAAUUAAUGGUUCAAACAGUAAUAUUACAUGGAUUGGAAUAAUAAUCUUGAAGUUGCACAUAAAAAUAACAUUACAAUUAAUGGUUCAAACAGUAAUAUUUCAUGGAUUUGCAGACAUUUUAAUAGACUUGAGGUCAUAUAAUAUUUGAGAGUUGCUUCAAACUGGUUAGAAGUUGUUUGGUUGGUUUGGUUAGUAUUGAGAGAUGAGAUGAUUUUUAUGUUGCCAGGGAUCCUUUACUGGUUCAGGUAGUGAAUUCCAGAUCUUUGGGCCCUUUAUGUGCAUUGCAUUUUUGCAUAGUGUGAGACUGACAUGAGGGAUAUCAAAGAGUGCCUUGUGCCUUGUAUUGUGGCUGUGCGUUUUGUUGUAGCUAUCAAGGAGAAGUUUAAGUGGAGGGUUUAUAUUGGACUUUAAUGUUCUGUAUAUAUAGUAAGCACAAUAAUAUGAGUGUAUGUCUCGUAUAUUUACAUGUAGUAGUUUCAGGCUUUUGUAAAGUGGUGGGGUGUACCAUCUGGCACAGGAGCUGCUAAUCAUCUGCACAGCAGCUUUUUCUUGGGUUAUUAAAGGUUUAAGGUGGUUGGCUGUGGUUGAUCCCCAGGCACAAAUACCAUAGGUGAGGUAGGGAUAUAUUAAAGAGUGGUAUAGAGUAAAGAGUGUUGUUUGUGGUACAUAGUAUCGUAUCUUGGAAAGGAUACCUACUGAUUUGGAAAUUUUCUUGGAUAUAUGCUGGAUCUUUCUUUCUUUCUUUCAACACACCGGCCGUAUCCCACCGAGGCGGGGUGGCCCAAAAGGAAAAACGAAAGUUUCUCCUUUUACAUUUAGUAAUAUAUACAGGAGAAGAGGUUACUAGCCCCUUGCUCCCGGCAUUUUAGUUGCCUCUUACAACACGCAUGGCUUACGGAGGAAGAAUUCUGUUCCACUUCCCCAUGGAGAUAAGAGGAAAUAAACAAGAAUAAGAACUAGAAAGAAAAUAGAAGAAAACCCAGAGGGGUGUGUAUAUAUGUGCUUGUACAUGUAUGUGUAGUGUGACCUAAGUGUAAGUAGAAGUAGCAAGACGUACCUGAAAUCUUGCAUGUCCAUGAGACAGAAAAAAGGACACCAGCAAUCCUACCAUCAUGUAAAACAAUUACAGGCUUUCGUUUUACACUCACUUGGCAGGACGGUAGUACCUCCCUGGGCGGUUGCUGUCUACCAACCUACUACCUAUAAUAUAUGCUGGAUGUGGGAAUAAAAUUUAAGAUUACAGUCAAGGAGAAGACUUAGAAAUUUAUCCUCAGUGUGUCUUAUAGUAGGGGAACUAUUUAUCAAUAUGUUAAGUUGGAUAUUUAAGGCUCUGUUUCCAAAUAGCAUGAAGUAUGUUUAGUCUAUGUUGAGAGUGAGUUUGUUGGUCAAUAUCCAAAUAUUUAUUUUUAGCAGCUCGUUGUUUACAGUGUCUCGAAGUAUAGCUGGGUUUGAGUGAGAGUUGACAUAAGUAGUGUUGUCUGCAAAUAGAACUGGUUUAAGGAGUUGAGAUGCAUUGGGGAGAUCAUUGAUGUAGAUGAGAAAGAGGAGUGGGCAGUAGCAAGCAGUUGUUCAUAGUGUUUGUGAAAUCAGCUACUGGAGGGCCUGUUGCUUGUAUGAGGUUUAUGUUGAAGUCUCCUGUAAGUAUCAGGUGGUGUUUAUUCAACUCUGAGUCAGUUAUCAUGUUUCUAACGUUACCACUAAAAGUGGUAUUUGUGUGUGGUAAUCUGUAGACUGCUCCAACUGUUAUAGGUUUUUUUUUUUUUUAGGCACCUGUACUUACCUCAGUCAGCCUAUAAAUGCAUAAUGAGAAUCCAAUAUGUUUUGGACACUAACAGCUGUAUAGCCCUUGUGGCUUAGCGCUUCUUUUUGAUUAUAAUAAUAAUUUGGACACAACAGCUGUUACAUAUGGCAAGUAAAUAUCACACAAAUAUUUAUCAGUAGAAAUUAGACAUUAGCAGCAUAAGCGACAUAAGCAAAUUUGAUGAUGAUGCCAAAAUAUGACGUCCAGUUCAUUCUAAUGAGGACAUUAGAGCACUCCAGGAUGAUUUGAAUAGAAUGGUACAGUGGUUGAAGUGGCAAAUUUAGUUUAAUAUAGACAAAUUCAAAGUUCCAAAUGUUGGACAGGAAAAUAAUCAUGCCACAUAUUUUUUUUCUUUUUCAACAAGUUGGCCAUCUCCCACCGAGGCAGGGUGACCCAAAAAGAAAGAAAAUCCCCAAAAAGAAAAUACUUUCAUCAUCAUUCAACACUUUAAUCUCACUCAUACAUAAUAACUGCUUUUGCAGAGGCACCCAGAUACAACAGUUUAGAAGCAUACACAAAGAUAAAAAUCUCUCAAAUAUAACAUAUUCCUCCAAACUGCCAAUAUCCCAAACCCCUCCUUUAAAGUGCAGGCAUUGUACUUCCCAUUUCCAGUACUCAAGUCUGGCUAUAUAAAAAUAUCUGGUUUCCCUGAAUCCCUUCACUAAAUAUUACCCUUCUCACACUCCAACAGCUCAUCAGGUCCCAAAAACCAUUCGUCUACAUUCACUCCUAUCUAACACGCUCAUGCAUGCUUGCUGGAAGUCCAAGCCCCUCGCCCACAAAACCUCCUUUACUCCCUCCCUCCAACCUUUCCGAGGACGACCCUUACCCUGCCUUCUUUCCCAUACAGAUUUAUAAGCUCUCCAUGUCAUUUUACUUGUAAACUAAUUAAUGUAAAUCUUAAUAUUACUGAUUGCGAAAAGGAUUUAGGAGUUCUGGUUAGCAGUAAUCUGAAACCAAGACAACAGUGCAUAAGUGUUUGCAAUGAAGCUAACAGAAUCCUUGGCUUCAUAUCAAGAAGUAUAAAUAAUAGAAGUCCUCAGGUUGUUGUUCAACUCUAUAUAUAUAGAAACAAUGUAUCAUGCCAAGAUAAAUCGAUUCCCAUUACUAAAUUUGCCAUUUGUACUAAUAUUAAAUGAUUUGACUACCUAACUAUUUUAAACCUAAUUAUGUACUUGCCUAAUUGUGGUUGCAGGGGUCGAGACUCUGCUCCUGGCCCCACCUCUUCACUGAGUGCUACUAGGUCCUCUGCUGUAUAGUCCUUGUGGCUUAGCGCUUCUUUUUGAUUAUAAUAAUAAUACUAGGUCCUCUCUCUCCCUGCUCCAUGAGCUUUAUCAUGCCUCAUCUUAAAGCUAUGUAUGGUUUCUGCCUCCACUACCUCACUUGCUAGGCUAUUCCACUUCCUGACUACUCUUUGACUGAAGAAAUACUACUUCCUAACAUCUGACUCAUCUGGGUCUUCAGCUUCCAAUUGUGACCCCUUGUUUCUAUGUCCCCUCUCUGGAACAUCCUGUCUCUGUCUACCUUGUCUAUUCCACGCAGUAUUUUGUAUGUCGUUAUCAUGUCUCCCCUAACCCUCCUGUCCUUCAGUGUCAUCAGGCCAAUUUCCCUUAACCUUUCUUCAUAGGACAUUCCCCUUAGCUCUGGAACUAACCUUAUCGCAAACCUUUGCACUUUCUCUAAUUUCUUGACGUGCUUGAUCAAGUGUGGGUUCCAAACAGGUGCUGUAUGUACCUAACUGAGAAUGUUCCUAAUUAAGUACCUAAUAAUACGUUCAAAUGUACUGCUCAAGUAUGACCUAUAUCAAAAUGUUGUAAGAAUUAGUAUCAGUCUGCCCAAAGUGCCUAGGCACGAUAGUGGUCAUCUUUGUAAUUUAAAUCUUAGAACAUGUAAACCACACAUUGUAAGCUUUACAAAGAAAUAAAUAUUUGUUUUUGUAUGUCUUUGGUUAGGCCUCAUUUAGAUUAUGCUGCACAGUUCUGGUCACCAUAUUACAGAAUGGAUAUAAAUGCACUGGAAAACGUACAAAGGAGUAUGACAAAGUUGAUCCAAUGUAUCAGAAAUCUUCCCUAUUAGGAUGGACUGAGGGCCCUGAAUCUGCACUCUCUAGAAAGGCAUAGAAUUAGGGGGGAUAUGAUUCUUCUUUUUUCUUUUAACACACCGGCUGUAUCCCACCGAGGUGGGGUGGCCCAAAAGGAAAAAUGAAAGUUUCUCCUUUUACAUUUAGUAAUAUAUACAGGAGAAGGGGUUACUAGCCCCUUUCUCCUGGCAUUUUAGUCUCCUCUUACAACAUGCAUGGCUUACGGAGGAAGAAUUCUGAUCCACUUCCCCAUGAAGAUAACGGGAAAUACACGAGAACAAGAACUAGUAAGAAAAUAGAAGAAAACCCAGAAGGGUGUGUGUGUGUGUAUAUAUAUAUAUAUGCUUGUACAUGUAUGUGUAGUGUGACCUAAGUGUAAGAAGAAGUAGCAAGACGUACCUGAAAUCUUGCAUGUUUAUGAGACAGAAAAAAGACACCAGCGGGGGAUAUGAUUAAGGUGUAUAAAUGGAAACCUGGAAUAAAUAAAGGGGAUGUAAAUAGCAUGCUAAAAACAUCUAGCCUAGACAGGACUCGCAGCAAUGGCUUUAAAUUGGAAAAGUUCAGAUUAAGGAAGGAUAUAGGAAAGCACUGGUUUGGUAAUAGAGUUGUGGAUGAGUGGAACAAACUCCAGAGUAUCAUCAUAGAAGCUAAGACAUUGUGUAGUUUUAAAAAAAAAUAGGUUAAAUAAAUACAUAAGUGGGUGUAGGUGGGUGUGAGUUGGACCUGACUAGCUUGUGCUACUAGGUCAGAUGCCGUGCUCCUUCCUUAAGUAUGUGUGACCUGACCUGACUGGGUUAGGAUGUUGGCUUGGGCCAGUGGGAGAAUUGGGUCUGCCUCACAUGGGCCAGUAGGCCUGUUGCAGUGUUCCUUCUUUCUUAUGUUCUUCUAACAGCAAAUUUUUAUAAAGCGAGCCUGCAUGAAGCAAGGAAUACCUGUAUGUACAGAUUACAUGUGCAUUACAUAAUGAAGUAAGAUUGUAUUAUAUUGUACAUUAUUUUAUUCAAAUGCAGAAUAUUACGUACCCAUUGACUACUCCUCAAGAGGAUAAACUCUGAUGAGAUCAAACUUCCAAGUCUGCUGUGUCACCAGGGGAUUUAAAUAAUUUUUCUGUAGCUAGUUGGGGGAUUCAUUGAAAAACCUAAUGAAACUUAGUUUGCACUUGUUUAGAUAGAUCUUAUGCAGUAUUUUGAAAUGAUUGAAUUUAGACCAAGUGUCUGUCUAGCAAAAGACCAUAUGAAUAUUCCAGACUAGACAAUUCACUUUUGUGCUAUUGAACCACAAUGCUUUAUACCAGUUGUGAUCAGGGAAGUAAUAAGGUCAUCAUGUGUACAAAAAUAUACCAAAUACAGUACUGUAAUUGGUAUGUGUCUCAGGAUCUUUUUCUCCAUUGACAACACAUUUUAUUAGUGUUUAUUGCUUAGAGCCCAUAAUUCACUAGUUGUUAUGAACUUAUUGCUUAUUAAGAGUAAUUUGAUCAUGUGAAUGAAUGGAGUGAAUGAUGAUUUUAUUUUAAUAACAAUGAACUCUGGUUUUUGAAUACUUUUUUGUCAUAAGGAUAUUUAAAAAAUUGACAUUUUUGUUUUUUAUUCUUCAGCAAUUAUGUUAGUAUAGAUAGCAGUUUAUAUACCAUUAAAUGUUCAUGCAGCUUACAUGCCAUGCCGAUAUAGACACAAUUGCAUUGGAAGUGUGAUUUUUUCCAAUCUAACUUGCAUUUUGAUCCUCAGAAUUUUGCAGUCAUAUUUAAACCCAAGUAAAUUUUAUUACCAAAAGUUGAUGUCAUUGGUUACCAGUUUGUCUUUACAUCUCUGUUAUAAAUGUUUCUGUUAUUUUACUUGCAUACUGCACAACAAUUUUUUGUCUAAUAAUUCCAAGAGUGUGCAAUUUUAAAUGUAUUUAGAGUUGAAAAAUGCUACACAAUGAUAACUUAAAGUGAGUAAGUCUAUGGUGUGUUCAGACUUUCUAGUCUCAUUAUUAUAUGAAUAGGGAAGUGCUAAACUUGCAGGGGUCAUCAACUGCUUGGGGAAUAGGAAGUACUGAGGUUUGAUGUGAGGAAGGAGAUAAUAGUUCUGUUUCUUUGAAUCAAGAUCCCUUUACCAACAACUAGACACUCCAUUGAAGGGUUUUCUUACUUCAGUUAUCAGGUAUUUUUGUUAUUCAUUUCAUGCUCUGAAGUGUAGAGGCCAUUAAAUAAUGCAAAUAAUAAUGAUAACUUUAGUAGGUAGUAGGAUGGUAGACAGCAACCAACCUUGGAGGUACUACCGUCCUGCCAAGUGUAAAAUGAAAGCCUGUACUUGUUUUACAUGAUGGUAGGAUUGCUGGUGUCUUUUUCCUGUCUCAUAAACAUGCAAGAUUUCAGGUAUAUCUUGCUACUUCUACUUACACUUAGGUCACACUACACUUGCAUGUACAAGUAUAUAUAUACACACACACCCCUCUGGGUUUUCUUUUAUUUUUUUACUAGUUCUUGUUCUUGUUUAUUUCUUCUUAUUUCCAUGGGGAAAUGGAGCAGAAUUCUUCCUCCGUAAGCCAUGAGUGUCGUAAGAGGCGACUAAAAUGCCGGGAGCAAGGGACUAGUAACCCCUUCUCCUGUAUACAUUACUAGAAUUAAAAAGAGAAACUUUUGUUUUUCUUUUUGGGCCACCCUGCCUCAGUGGGAUUUAGCCAGUUUGUUGAAGAAGAAUGAUAGCUUUAUGCACCUGGGGAGUAGAAAUGUGUUAAGGAGGGAGAGAUUUUUGUGAGGUGACUGUUUAGGUAGUUUUGAAGCAAGUGAGAAAAUAAUUGUUAUUGGAGAAACUUGCUAUGGUUUAGUGGAUUAUGUGCAGCCUGCAGUAACAGCCUGAUUGAUCAGGCCCUGAUCCAUCACAAGGCCUGAUCAUAGACCGGGCACUGGGGAAUUGACCCCCGGAACACCCUCCAGAUAUAGUAGGUAAGUUUUAAGAGCCAGGGGUAAAUGAUAACACUUGCCAGCAAAAUUUAGCCUAUUAUCCAGUUCAGAAACCAAUUUAGUUGUUUCAAGGUAAUUUUGAUACACUGAUCACAAAUCUGAGCUUGUUUUAGGCUCUAUCAUGUAAGAUUCUUGUGAAAUGUCAUCAUUAAUAUUUUGGCUAUUUAAUGCUGAGAGAUCACAUAAUAUAUGUUACCUAACAGCCAUAGGUAUUAUAUUAUGCAUAGAUGUUAAGUGUGGUGCAUACAGUGGCAGAAACUAAUCCUUCUUAAUGUAAAUUCAUAUGUGCCUAUUUGCAUAACAAUAAUUAACUUCCAUACAGUCUUACAAACAUAUAUAUCACUAUUUACAUGAUUUUUCACUUGUGUUUAGUAUUGCUCUCCCACACCAAUGCCCAGCAGUAGCUAACCAUUACAUUUAUUUUCAAGUUUUUUGAUAUCUCUUCUUGGUGGCUAUAUCGUGGUGAAAUCGCUCAGUGUGGGGUUGUAGCUGACUGAAACUGUAUGCGUUGGAGAAAAACUAAUUUCAAGUUUGGAUUCAGCAUCCCAAAAUUAGAGAUGUGUUUAACUGUGAACUAAAACUAUUGUAAUGGAGGCCUCUAAUUUAAUUACUAUAUAAAUAAAGGUUUGGUAAUAGGUAUUUUAAGAAGAAGAAGUUAAAUAAGUCUUCUUCUUUUCUUUCAACACACCGGCCGUAUCCCACCGAGGCAGGGUGGCCCAAAAGGAAAAACAAAAGUUUCUCCUUUUACAUUUAGUAAUAUAUACAGGAGAAGAGGUUACUAGCCCCUUGCUCCCGGCAUUUUAGUUGCCUCUUAUGACACGCAUGGCCUACGGAGGAAGAAUUCUGUUCCACUUCCCCAUGGAGAUAAGAGGAAAUAAACAAGAAUAAGAAAUAGAAAGAAAAUAGUAGAAAACCCAGAGGGGUGUGUAUAUGUUUGCUUGUAUAUGUAUGUGUAGUGUGACCUAAGUGUAAGUAGAAGUAGCAAGACGUACCUGAAAUCUUGCAUGAUCAUGAGACAGAAAAAAGGAUACCAGCAAUCCUACCAUCAUGUAAAACAAUUACAGGCUUUCGUUUUACACUCACUUGGCAGGAUGGUAGUACCUCCCUGGGCGGUUGCUGUCUACCAACCUACUACCUAGGGUUAAAUAAGUAUAUGAGAUAUAAUAUAGGGCAUAAUGACAGCUGUUUAUUAGACUUCGUAGAAGUAGAUGAUAGGUAGACUUUGGGUUGUGCCUGUUUUUAGAGGAGCGACAAAUACUGUAUAUCAGAAUGUUAUUUACUGGUAGCUACAGUGAGACUAAGUAGAAGAUAAAGUACAAGGAAAAAUGUCAUCAGUGAGUAAGAAUGAGGUGUAAGUUAAUAAAUUAGAAGGGAGAUAGGGUAGGAUAUGAGCAGCUAUCAGGAAGAAGGUGGACUAGACAGAGUACAGAUAAUGAGGAGUGUUGAAGAGAUAUAGGGUAGAUUUAAGAAUAAAAUGUUAGUGUGCAGUAGAAGUUUGUGAGUAUAGGAGGUUGAGUGACUACAAAAAAGGAAGCAUUUGGUGGAAUGAUAAGGUAAAGAGGGUGGAAAAGGAGAAAAAGUUAGCACAUGAGAGGUUUAUUUGCAAUUUAGUCAGAUGACACUGCAGGAAAAAAGCAGGGAAAGAAGGAAGUGGUGGGAGUAUUGGUAAUGGUGGUAGUAGUAGUGGUGGUAGUAGUAGUAGUUAGUGGUGGUGCUGGUUGUAGAAUUAAUAGCAAUGGUAGCAGUAAUGAAGUAGUAGUGUUGGUAGUAGUGAUAGAACAGUAGAGUGUAGGAAUUGUGAAAAGCAGCAGUAGCAGUACAUCAUGUAAGAGAUAAAAAAAAAACUAAUCACCAGCCCACUGCUACUGGCUCUUUAGUAUACCCCUAGUUAGCAGGGCACCAGUUAUGUGGUCUGGCUUGAUUUAGCUAGUACUGUAGUGCAUACCAUGUCUCAAGGUUCAUAGGCUUGAGCUUCCUCUGGCCUGAGAAAAAAUGUAUGCAUAGCAUUUCCCACCGAGGCAGGGGGGACCCCCCCCCCCCAAAAAAAAAAAAAUCAUUCAACACUUUCACCAUCACUCAUACAUAAUCACAGUCUUUGCAGAGGCACUCAGAUAUGACAGUUUAGAUGUCCCUCCAAACUGCCAGUAUCCCAAAUCCCUCCUUUAAAGUGCAGGAAUUUCCAGGACUCUAAGUCCAGCCAACUGGUUUCCCUGAAUCCCUUCACACUCCAACAGCUUGUCAGGUUCCAAAAACUGUUCGUCUCCAUUCACCCCUAUCUAACAUGCUAUAGGUUCAUUUAUAAUUAUAAUUACAGUGUUUAUAGUUAGUUUAUUAUAUAAUUUUAACUUGUAAUUAUCUUUUCAAUUAUUAUUAUACAAUUACCAUUUUAAUUAUAUUCUUGGAAAGCAGAAAACUUAUGUGGGUAAACAAUUUUUUGUGUCAAUCUUUUUAAAUACAGCCUCUCCUCACUUAAUGAUGGAGUUCCAUUCCUAAGACCAUGUUGUUAAACGAAUUCGUCGCUAAGUGAGGAGCAUACUAUAAUGGUAGUGGGUUUGUGUCAACCAUCUUUGAUGUUUUAAUGUCACCUUUCUACCAUUUGUAACAUUUCUGGUAUAUUUUUAAAUGUUUAUACAGUAGUGUACUGUAUAUUGAAAUAAACAGAAUAGAUAAAAUCAGCUCUAAUAUACAUUAUUUAGGAAUAAAUACUGGUCAGAGAGCCUGUCGUAAGUCCGAGGCAUUGGUAAACGAGUACGUUGCUAAGUGAGGAGAGGCUGUAUUUUAACUUGCUCUAAUUUUGUUACUGACUUUAAAUUAUCAGUGGAGUAAUACUUUUUGAUAGAACGGUAGUAGAGCUAUAUGACCCUUUCAGGUUUAGCGCUAAACAUGAUUAUAAUAAUAAUAAUGGAAUGGUAUGCAAUCAUCUGUAUUGUUACCUUGUUUUGCCUGCAUUUAGGCCUUUAGUUAUCUUCAUUAUUUACCAGUUCCUAAUAUUUUUCUUGGUACUAGUAAUGGCCCUUUUAAGCUCUGUCUUUAUUCAUUAAUAAUGCACUGUAUGUUCCACACAGAUUUAGCACUUUCUUGCUAAUGUAAUGAACUCUUCUGUUCUGAAUAUAAUUGUUAAACUUUUGUCAUUCAGUAAUAUAAAUGAGUAAUGUUGUAUAUUUGUUCUCGGUUCAUCUUUAGUCAUGAUUUCUAAGCCAGGAAAAUAAAACUCAUUUUGAAAUUUUGCUUAGGUAAAAAUGUGGAUUGCUGCACUACUUUGUAGGUUUAGCGAUUCUUUUUUAUUAUAAUAAUGUAAUACUUCGUAGGAAGUGGUUUGUUAAUGAAAAAGCAUUCUAUUUAGGCAACUCCUAAGAAAGCCACCUUGAUACCAGCAAGUGGCUCUUGCUGGUAUCAAGGUUGCUUCUCAUUCCCCCAUGUGUUGUACGACCCCUGCUGUGUUGCAUGAUCCUUAUGGGUUCAGUGCUUAAAUUUAUUAUAUUAUUGUA